AUGGCAAGCUACAGCUAUCAGCAAGAAUACCCGCCCGCACAGGUCGGAGCUGGACAACCCUAUCAGCCGUUCCCCGGUCCUCAGCAAGCGGACAAGACAGGCUUUGUGCCCCACGAGGUUCAACAUCUGUAUCCGGACCAAGCGGCGCCAAUGUUGCCAGAAAAGAACACAGGCGCCACUGGGUCGGGGUCGACCCUCCUCACGGUGAAGCGAAGCAUCGCACUUGCCGUCAUCGGUACCUUGGCCCUGCUUCUCGCGACAAUGAUUGGUCUUGCGGCAGGUCUAGGAGUGAGCCAGAAGAACCUUCACGAUGCCAAGAAUGACUUGAAGCUGGCGCAAGCGAGCAUCACGGCAGGACUUGGGGCACUCACAUCACCCACCCAGCACCCCUCCCCAACAGUCGCAACCGCCACUUCCACCAGCGCCUUCAGUGCGUCUUCCACUGCAACCGCCAUCGCAAAGAUUGAGUGUCCGGCUAUCAACAGCACUUCGUAUAUCGCAACGGUAGCCGGUAACUCUAGCAGCCCCGGUGGCAGCACCAGCAAGAAAUUCACACGCCUUUGUGGCGUUGACUUUGGUAAAGGCGAAGCCGUCGACAUUGGCUCGGUAAACACGACCAGCUUCAACUCGUGCUUGGAUAAGUGUGCGCAGAAGCAAGGGUGCAUGGGAGCGGGGUGGGGUGCGAUCCAGGGCGACGAGGAGACGCAUCAUACCUGUUGGAUGAAGACGAAUCUGACGACCAAGGGGCAUAAGGCGGUGGAUGAGUGGGCUUUUGGGGUGUUGUCGUUGAGUCAGAGUGUGAGUGGGAAUGGGAAUGGAGACGGGGAGGGAGAUGAUGUUGAUGGUGACGGUAAUGGGAACUGA